AUUAAUUCAAAUAAAUCGAAUCAUCUCCUAGUCUAAAUGGAUAAUAUCAACGAUAUGAACGACGUAUUCGAGGACGAAGAAUAUUUGGACUUGAUUCAUGAUGAGGGCCCAGCGCAUCCGUAUCAAUCCGACGAUAGCACAUUCGUAUUGAGUGAGACGAGUUCAGAUGCAGGGGAAGGAUCAUCCAAAAAGAGCUCCGACUACGUUUUCGUUUUUACGGGAGUUUUCUUUCGACGCUUGUACCGCGGUCAAUUACGACCAAGGGAAUUCGGAAAACAUGAUGUAGAAGGAGAUUCGGUUCAUGAUGUCUUGGAACGCAUUUGGAAUGCAGCGAAUCCUCAAAUUCAACGUCAGGUUGUAUUCGAAGAUGAAGUACCGAAGUGGUCGGAGAAACAACACCCGGAACCGGACGAUAUUGAUUUGUUUAUCACACUGUACGACGAAACCAAAAAGAAGACAUACGCGCCUUCAGUUGUGACACCUCGAGUACUUGCAACAUGGAGAGAAAAAACCAUAAAGAUUUACGCUUAUGCGUACUCCGUUAAGGUUGAGACCGCUGCUCAAUACCAGCUAGUUCUGCGUCAAUUGAUUGCACCAUCAUCACAAGAUCGAGCUGGAGCGAACUCUAUGCGCGACGAUGCCGCCCUAGCUCAAACCCUCCGCGACACACAUCAACAUCUUGAAGCGUUCGACAAAGAAUCAGUUCAAUGGCAGUCCGAGGAUCAACAGAAGCACAGCUGUUUACAGCAAUGGAAGAUGCUGUCCGCCCCGAAGAAUCUGAGCUGA